CUUUUCCUUCUCUCUCAAACACGCCCUCACCAACCCUACAUAGAUUCUCCUAAACCCUAUCAGAGCCACCAUCACCAUCUCCCCUUUUUUCUCGUUCUGCUCUUCUCCUCGCGUCGCCAGAAGCUAAGGUCGGCUCGGGGCUGUUGUUGGCGUCGCCGUUUCUCUGUCCGAGCUCUCUCUGUCGCUGCUUCUCUGCUCUUCACCGUUGGUUGUCGCUGAUUCUUCUCUCCUUGCCGCGCGUCGUUUCUGCUUCUCCCCUCCUCGCCGUUUUUGGUUGUGGCCCCUUCUCUGCUCCCCGCCAGUCUUGUCGUCGCUGCCUCUCUGCUCCGCACCCUGUCUCACCGUAGUUGCUUCUCUGUCUCUCUGCUCUCUGGCUCUGCAGUCUUUUCCUCCCCUUCUCUGCCAAUCCAGAUAACAAUCCACUGAUUCAGAAACCUUAAACCCUGAGUCUCCUUCCCGCUGCGCAACUGCAACACAACAAACGAACAGAAACAAAAGGCCAAGGGGGACACUGUUCUUUUUACUUCCCUAACCCUCUGACACUGUUCUCUAUCGCCAUACCAUGGGGAAGACCAAGAAGAACAAGAAGAGCAACAAGAAAUCCGGUCCUGAUGCCGUAGCCAUGAAAUUGAAAGCAUCUUCUACGGGCGCCGACAACCCUUUCGAGUCCAUCUGGUCUCGAAGGAAGUUUGACGUCCUUGGACAGAAGCGCAAGGGGGACACCCGCCGCAUCGGCCUUGCUCGCUCCCUCGCCAUCGAGAAGAGGAAGAAGACACUGCUGAAGGAGUACGAGCAGAGCACUAAGUCUUCGGUGUUUGAGGAUAAGCGAAUUGGUGAGGGAGAUGAAGGACUUGAUGAGUUUGGCAAGGCUAUCUUGAGAACCCAGCGAGAACGCCAGUUGAACAUGAAACUAAGCAAGAAAAGCAAGUAUCACCUGUCGGAUGAAGAGGAUGAUUUUGAUGAACCUAAUGCUUUGGGUUUGGGAAGAGAUGAUUUUGAGGAUGAAAUGCUUCCAGACGAUGAUGGUGAUGAAGCUUAUGAAACUAAAAGAAAAUCAGCUUUGGGGCUGCAUAUGCAGAUUCCAACGGAGACAAGUGUGGCUGAAGGUGAAGCAAAUAAGAAGAAAAGUCAUGCGGAGGUUAUGAAGGAAAUUAUUGCAAAAAGCAAAUAUUUUAAGGCUGAAAAAGCGAAAGAAAAGGAAGAAAAAGAAGAACUGCUUGACGAAUUAGAUAGGAAGUUCACUUCUUUGUCUCAAUCUCAAGCAUUAGUUUCUCUAACGAAACCGAAUAAUUAUUCCGAGCAGGAAAAACCGGAUGAGUAUGACAUACUUGUCAAACAAAUGGGACUGGAGAUGCGUGCUCGUCCUUCAAAUAGGAUAAAGACACCAGAAGAGAUAGCUCAAGAAGAAAGAGAACAUUUAGAGGAAAUGGAGUGGGCUAGUGUUCAUCCUAAACAGAAUCCAAGAUCUCUAUCUGGUGAUGAUCUUGGUGAUUCCUUCUCUCCAAAUGAAGAAACUAUGGCUAAGAAGGGUUGGAUUGAUGAGAUUCUUGAAAGAAAAGAUGAGGAAGAUUCUGACAGUGAAGAGAGUGAUGGUGAAUAUUCUGAUGACUUAGGAAGCUCAGAAGGUGCUGAUGAGGGAUCUGAUGAGGAUCUUGAUGAUCAUGAGAAGGAUCUUUCUUUAAAAGAUUGGGAGCAGAGUGAUGAUGAUAAUAUUGGAAUAGAUCUGGAAGAUGAAGAUAAUGAGGAAGAAAGCAAAGAAAGAACUUCAGAAGAAGUUGAUGGGAAAAAUUUUGUGGGUACGAGUUCAAAGAAAGACACGAAGGAUCCUUUACAAGACAAAAAAAUAGAUGUUGGAGGAAAACAGUCGAAAGAGUUGGACAUACCUUAUAUAAUUGAAGCCCCCAAGAACAUUGAAGAAUUAUAUUCCCUGCUGGAUAAUUGCUCUAUUUCUGAUACCAUUCUAGUAAUCAACCGGAUUCGGAAAAGCAAUCCAAUCACACUUGCAGUGGAAAAUCGCAAGAAAAUGCAAGUAUUUUAUGGGGUAUUAUUGCAGUAUUUUGCUGUUAUGGCAACCAAGAAACCUUUGAAUGUUGGGUUACUCAAUAUGCUAGGGAAACCAUUGAUAGAGAUGAGUAUGGAGAUCCCAUACUUUGCUGCAAUAUGUGCUCGUCGCAGAAUAGAGAGUAUUAGAAAGCAGUUUGUUGAGAGUAUCAAGAAUCCAGAAAGCAGCAGUUGGCCUUCUACAAAGACAUUAUUUCUCUUGCGAUUGUGGUCCAUGAUAUUUCCAUGCUCUGACUUCAGGCAUCCAGUUAUGACCCCUGCGAUUCUAUUGAUGUGUGAGUAUCUCAUGCGUUGCCGAAUAGUAUCUGGUCGGGAUAUUGCCAUUGGCUCUUUCUUAUGCUCAAUGCUUCUCUGCGUAUUUAGACAGUCGAGAAAGUUUUGUCCUGAAGCAAUAAUGUUCCUCCAAGCUGCGCUGAUUGCAGCGGCUGAGAGUAAUAUUUCGCAUACAGAUUCACAGGCAUAUCAACUUAUGGAACUGAAAGCUCUCAAGCCUGUGUUGUGCAUAUGUGAAACCGUAAAUGAGAUUAGUCCUCUGAACUUUUUCCAGAUAAUGGACAUGCCGGAGGACUCUUCUAUUUAUUCUUCUGAUAAUUUCAGGGCUAGUGUGUUAGUUGCUGUUGUCGAAACUCUACAAGGAUAUGUCGAAGUGUAUGAAGGCUUAAGCUCGUUUCCUGAAAUAUUUUUACCAAUUUUGAGAAUUCUAUUUGAGAUAUCAGAACAGAAAAAUAUGCCAAAUGCAUUAAGAGAGAAAAUUAAAGAUGUGACUGAGCUAAUUAAGGCGAACAUAGAUAAACAUCACACUUUGAGGAGACCACUUCAAAUGCGAAAACAAAAGCCAGUACCAAUCAAAUUAUUGAAUCCCAAGUUUGAGGAGAAUUACGUCAAGGGUAGAGAUUAUGACCCAGACCGUGAACGAGCCGAAAUGAGAAAGUUGAAGAGACAGUUGAAGCGUGAAGCAAAAGGAGCUGCUCGUGAAUUGCGUAAAGACAAUUAUUUCUUGCUUGAGGUGAAGGAUAAAGAAAGGUCUUUACAAGAAAAAGAAAGAACCGAGAAGUAUGGUAGAGCUAAGGCAUUCCUUCAAGAACAAGAACAUGCUUUCAAAUCUGGACAACUGGGAAAAGGGAGGAAGAGGAAGAGAUAAAUUUAACUUCGGCUUUCUUCGAUACUGCGUUAACAAAUUGAGACAUGCAUGGGCCCCUACUUCACAUUAAAGAGCUCAAGGGAUUGCCUUUCUUGCAGUCUAAGUCAGCAUGGAGCAUGCCAUUCGACCUGCAUUGGUUGUCACUAAGUAAGCUUUCCACUUCCCGCUCAAUCUUUAGGAGUUGAAGCAGAAAUGAUGCAGGUUAAUCUUCUUGAAAAGAAAGUGUGUGUUGGUGAUUGUUAGCGGGAAGAUACCAAUUUUGUUUGAUAUUUAAUACUUAAGUGGUUGUAAUAUUCAAAUUACGGAAAGGAGUCCUAAAAAUUUGUACGCUGAAAGGUGAAUAAUAUAGAGGCAAAAAAUUUUGUUGGAGUAGUGCUAACUUCUGAUUUCAUUUUAGUUUUCAAUGUUAAGAUAUAUAAUUUAACUGCC